AUGGAGACAGACCAAACACAGAAAAGGGAGUAUGAGCCAAGCAUGCCCCAGCAAAACAAGCCUGGAUUUGCUGGGUGCUCACAGCCUAGGGGUAAGGUAGGUCCAGACCCGCCCCUUCUCAGCUUCCUAUAAGAACAGCUGGGGACCCAGGCCUGCAGGGUCACUCAUCCAUCCAUCAUGAAGCCUUCCAUGAAACCUGAGACCUUCCUGCUGGCCUCCACGCUGCUCUGCACCCUCCUGGGUCUGGGGUACCCACUGAGCUGUGAGGUGUGUGUCGGUGACAGUCCCAAUUGCAGAGGAAAACUGCAGACUUGCGCCCCAGAUGAGGACUCCUGCAUAGUUGUCCAGACUGAGACCAACAGAAAGGCCACCUUGGCGGUGACCAGCUACAAGGGGUGUGCGAAAUCCAGCCAGUGUGAGUCCGGAUUCUUCGGCAUCACCAUGAACCCUGAGAACUACAUGGGCUCCAAGAGGCGCUGCUGCCAGAAGGAUGGCUGCAACCAGGACCCCCUGCCCGCGUUCGUGAGAAACCAUACAGAGAAUGGCCUUCGGUGUCCUUCCUGCAUCGCUGCCUUUACGGAAACAUGCACUGCGACUGCGGAAGCGCUCUGCGUUGGCGAGGAAACCCACUGUGUCGCCGUGUCUGGCCUCGUGCGGCCUGCAGGUGACAAAUUUGCCGUCCAGGGCUGUGGUACCAAGACCGCCUGCCACACCAAGCCCGGGACCCUGGUGCCCUCAGGCGCUCGUUUGUUCACCAUCAACAAGACCAGCUGUCUUUGAAGCCCCCAGGCUUCUGCCAAGGCUGAGUGAAGAACUGAGGCCCAUGCGUUGUUUGGCCUCCAUUCCUUCUCAGCUACGGUUCUAGAAAUUCCUACGGUUCCCAUGUGUCUAUAAACUAAACAAGUUAACAGAACAA